GAACAGGAGAAACGUCAAAUACACGUCAACACGAAACGGCCACCAGCCAGCUUCGCAUGUAAACAACGGUUACUUUUUCCCAAAUUUUCCUUAGUUUUUCCAAACCAAACGCUACUAAACCAUGAUCAAACAACCCGUGCUGGCCGAACUGCAGUACUUUGUCAGCAGCGUGUCGCUGCUGUACAAAGGAAUCCCACUGAAAGACCCGGCCGCGCUCGUAAAGUGCAGUCUGCAUCUGCUGGAUGAUCUUCCGUCGACGCGGGAUGCUGUGUUCGAGUACUUUUCGCUGGUGUUCAACAGUGCCGUGAAAGCUUAUCUGAUCAAUGUGGAGAAAAGUAACACCGAUGGGUUACAGGACGAUGACGCUAUUCAGGAGAUUCACGAAGCGCUCGAACGGCUCGUGACGAAUGGUCCACCGGCCUGGUCGCCGUUGAUAUCGUCGUGGUGCCUGAGGCUGCUGGGGGAGAUUUGCGACAAGAAUAGCCGUCGCCGUCCGUUAGACAUUCGAAUGUCCUGUAAUUUGUGGCUCGGCUGCAAUGCCAUCCGAUGCCUGAUGGGACUGACGGCAUUGUGCUUCAGCAAACUGGAUGAGUUUGAGGUGGAUGCUUGCAUUACCGGAUUGUUGAACACGUUUUCCCAGUAUUCGCCGUACUUUGAUUGGGUGGUGGCGCGACUCGGUGGCUGCUUUCCUUCGAAGGUCAUUUCGAAAAUGCUGUUCUGUGGUUUAAAGCGGUUCACCGGGGAGUAUGAUCAGGUCGACUCGGAGGUGGAAGUUUUAAGCUACUUGGCAGCGACCAACGAAGAGGAUCUGAAGCAGGCCUUGAAGGAGAUUGUCGUGCGGGAAACGAACAACAAAUUGACCGUGCCGUACUUGUUGCAUCUGUCGAAGAAUUCGGAGGUACUGGCGCAAUCGCUGGCGGUGGUGUUUUUGGACAACUAUACCGACGCCCAUCUGCACCUGAUCAAGGUCCAGUCGAAAUUUUGGCCCGCCAACUAUAGCACCAGCAACGUCAUCCAUAUCGUAAUUAAUCUGCUGUUGAAGGUGAAAAAGAAAUCCAUUCAGGUUCUACUAACGCUACCACGAAUAUCGGAAAAGUACCCCUGGUGCCAGGAGCUGUUGGAAAUGCUAUUCGUCGAACUGGAAACUAUCGUUCUGGAAAAACGCUCCUGCCCGCUGUUGGACGAUGCUGUUAAAGAUUCCUCCAAAGAGCUACUGUGGCAGUCGUGUCUCAGCGAUUGUACCUUGGCACAGCAAAGCGCCGUUCGUUUAAUUCUGCUAGCCAGUCACAAAUCGUCCUACUUCCUACAGCAAUCCAUCGCUAAGAUGUUGAUGGCUUCUUCCGGCGGCCCGACCAACCCCAGCAAACCGCAUCUGAAUGCGCUGGCCCGGCUACUCGGUGGACCACAUGGUUCUGCCGAAUAUCCCCGGAUGAAGCCGGCUUUCGAGAUAGCCCUUGGAAGGAUGAUGCUCAAUCCAACUGGUGGCAAGGGUGGCCGGGAGAAUUUCAACGUCCUUCGGAAUCUGGUGGAGAUUGUAAAACUGGAACGGGAUUCGUUCAAUGUGCAUCUGAAGAAAACCAACUGCGUGGCAGUGCUGCAGGAACUGCUCGGUAAAUUGCUUGCCAUUUGGGAGCUUCUGAUGAACCAGGAGAAGCACGCACUGGCGUCAUCGCAGCAGGUGCAGGAGGAGAUACGGCCUGCCGGGGUGGAGGUUAAGGUGGAAAACAAACGCAUUAAACGGGAGGGUGGUGAGACGGAACCAAUUGACAAUUACGACACAACGACCGUCUUCGACCAGAUUCACAUGAUCGCCAAGUUGAUCGAUUGUAUGGAGUUGCACGCAAAAGUAUACACUUUCGAUAUGGCUGAAACGCUCAAGUUGUCCCAGUUGACCGUUCGGUACUUUUUCCUGUGUCUGCAGCAGGCUCAUGUCGGUGGUAAUCUCAGCUCGGAAGAUGAUACCAAUUUGAACCGGUGUUAUCAAUUGCUGUCGAGGCAUUCCGCCACCAGAAAGGCAGCAAGAACUGCCGCACUGCGAGAUAUUUUGGAGGGAGCACUUUUUCUGUACGGAAAUCUGUUCGGAUCGCAAAUAGAGAGCGAUUCCGUUGAGUACAGCAAACCGGACGAGCUGUUGAUCAAGUUGAACCAGAAACAGGGACUUGCGAUGAACGCUUCUCGAUCGACAGUGUUGCACGCUGGUAUCAUCGGCUUAGGACCGAAACAACCGGUCAAAAUGGCAGAUGGGCCAGAGCUGGAGAUGCAAAAUCGACUGAUCAGUGCCAUCGUGGCGUGCUGUCAGGAUGCGGAACAUCAAAACACGAUCGACGGCUAUAGUUACGUGUCGCUGUUGCUGGUGGAAUUGGUGUCCCCGGACGUGAUGUACAAUGGGUUACCCUGGCCAGACGAAGAAUUCACCAAAGUGACGAUGGAACGAGAUCUGCAGAUCCGACGCAUGUUUCGCACCUGUCCAAUACUGUGGUCGAUCCUGGGACUGAUCGCAUGCUACCGACCGGCACUGUGUUACAGUUCCGUGCUACUGCGAGCACUGUGCGCUUCAGCUUUACACCAGUGGCGUUCAAAAUCGGCGGAAACGAUGAAUGGACAGAAGACGGAGCUAAUGUACGUGACCACUAAGUUACUAGAGCUGCUGGCGUUAGGGCAGCUGCUACCUCCCCCACUUAGCUAUUUACAUAUCGUUCUUCCCUAUCUGGAUGCGAACGAAAUCAUUUACGUGCUCAAGGAGUGCAUCUGGAACUACCUGAAAGAUCACGUCCCCUCGCCGGUGCUGUUCGUGUGCGACCCGACCGGUUUCCACUGGCGCGAUCCGGCAACAUCCCGACCUCCGCCACAAUACACCAAUCCGCUGCGGCACACGAUGCAGCGGAAGCUGGACGUACUGGGUCAUCUGUAUCAGCAGAUGUUUUUCGAGCCGGAACUACGAUAUCCGAGCGUGCCAUCUCAACCCGCGAUACCGAAUCCGAUCGCCAUGGUAAACGGGCUUGGUGGUAAUGGUAAUGGUGGUCCACUGCUGCAAGCGACCAACGGAAAUGGACUGCCUCUGGUGGCCGCCAAUGGGAACGGGCACCUGGCGGGGCUGAAUGCCGGCGGUGGUCCGGUGAUACUGGGGCCCGUUGUUACGAUAGAUUAAAACAGACAUACACACACACACACACACACUAGAUUGUAGAUAGAUGACUAAUGUUUCGCGGCAAAGUUUUACACAAUGGAAUUCUGGAGUAGAAUCACGUAAAUGAAUAAUUUUUUCGAAGAA